UCAUGGGAGCACUUGGUCCUGCAGUGGGAUAUUUAUUAGGUGGACUUCUUAUUGGGUUUUAUGUCGAUCCCAGAAAUCCCGUUAACCUUGAUCAGAAUGACCCUCGUUUCAUUGGAAACUGGUGGAGUGGAUUCCUCCUUUGUGCCAUUGCAAUGUUUCUUGUGAUAUUCCCAAUGUUUACUUUUCCAAAAAAGCUUCCUCCUCGACACAAGAAAAAGAAAAAGAAAAAAUUUUCUGCUGAUGUGGUUACUGAUGACGAUGUUAUGAAGGAGAAAUCAAACAAUAGUGAACAAGUGGACAAAAAAGUUUCUUCUAUGGGAUUUGGAAAAAAUGUCAGAGACCUACCAAGAGCAGCUGUCAGGAUCUUAAGCAACAUGACAUUCCUUUUUGUGAGUUUGUCAUACACAGCUGAGAGUGCCAUUGUAACUGCUUUCAUUACCUUCAUUCCCAAGUUCAUCGAGUCACAGUUUGGUAUCCCAGCCUCCAAUGCCAGCAUCUACACUGGUGUUAUUAUUGUCCCCAGUGCUGGUGUGGGUAUCGUCCUGGGAGGCUACAUUAUUAAAAAAUUGAAACUUGGUGCAAGAGAAUCUGCGAAACUGGCCAUGAUCUGCAGUGGUGUGUCUUUACUGUGUUUUUCAACCCUAUUUAUCGUUGGAUGUGAAAGUAUUAAUCUAGGGGGCAUAAACAUCCCUUAUACAACAGGACCUUCUCUCACCAUGCCUCACAGGAACCUGACAGGAAGCUGCAAUGUUAAUUGUGGUUGUAAAAUACACGAGUAUGAGCCAGUGUGUGGAUCAGAUGGAAUUACAUACUUUAACCCUUGUCUGGCUGGCUGUGUUAACAGCGGUAAUCUUAGCACUGGGAUAAGGAAUUACACAGAAUGCACGUGUGUCCAAAGCCGGCAAGUGAUCACUCCACCCACGGUGGGCCAGCGCAGUCAGCUCCGUGUCGUUAUUGUCAAAACCUAUCUCAACGAGAAUGGCUAUGCUGUGUCUGGGAAGUGUAAACGGGCCUGCAAUACCCUUAUCCCGUUCUUAAUUUUCCUUUUCAUUGUCACCUUCAUCACAGCAUGUGCCCAGCCAUCGGCCAUCAUUGUAACACUCAGGUCGGUAGAAGAUGAGGAGAGACCUUUUGCGCUGGGGAUGCAGUUUGUUUUAUUGCGAACACUUGCGUACAUUCCUACUCCAAUUUACUUUGGCGCAGUCAUUGACACCACCUGCAUGCUCUGGCAACAGGAAUGUGGGGUGCAAGGCUCUUGCUGGGAGUACAACGUGACCUCAUUUCGUUUUGUCUAUUUCGGUUUGGCGGCCGGCCUCAAAUUUGUUGGCUUUAUUUUUAUUUUUCUGGCCUGGUACUCCAUUAAAUACAAGGAGGACGAGCUGCAGAGGCAGAGGUGGAGAGAGUUCCCUCUGAGCACCGUGAGCGAGAUGGUGGGCCACUCGGACAGUGCCGACAAGGAGGCCCGGACUCGAUCCUGCCCAGCUUUCAGCAGCCAGGGGGAGUCCCGGGAAGAGACUGGCCUGCGGAAAGGCCUCCACUACACAGCACAGACCUACCCGGGGCCCUUCCCCGAAGCAAUAAACUCCUCCCCGGACCCGGGGCUGGAAGAAAGCCCAACUGCCAUGUAGCCUCCCUCCUGAAGCUUGAAAAUGGAAGACUCUAGUUUUGUUGGUUGAGUUGAAUAUGGCAACUUGAGAAACACCCGUGCCUUCUUUUCUUUCUUUCUUUUUUUAACCUCU